GCCGUUCCAUACAACUAGCUUUCAUUUGGUGUUACUGUUGUGGUAAAGACAAUCCACAACAAAGUGACAGGAUGAUCGUUUUAGAACUUUCCCCUUGUUUUACAUCUUUGCAAAACCUUUACCGAGUUGUUUCAAUGAUGACCAAUUGAAUGCAGGACUCCAGUGUAGAGGGUGGGCUGUGGACACUGUGUCGUUCCCGUGCUGUUUCAGGCUGCUUGCUUUGACCAAACUGCCCAGGAAGGACUUCCCUCAGGCUUGAGAGCGGGACGAUGGAUUUGGAUCUGGUGAACAUGUUUGUGUUAGCGGGCGGUACCCUGGCCAUUCCCAUCCUGGCCUUCGUUGCCUCAUUCCUCCUGUGCCCAGCUGCCCUCAUCAGAUUCUAUUACUGGUACUGGAGAACAACACUCGGCAUGCAGGUUAAAAACGCCGACUACGGCAACUAUCGAUUCUGCUAUUCGACCCGAGGGAAACCAGGAAACAAGCCCUCCAUCCUGAUGCUGCACGGGUUCUCAGCCCACAAGGACAUGUGGUUGUCUGUCGUGAAGUUUCUGCCUAAGACCCUGCACCUGAUCUGCGUCGACAUGCCGGGCCACGAGGGGACAACACGCACCUGUAUCGAUGAUUACUCCAUCGAGGGGCAGGUGAACAGGAUCCACCAGUUUGUGGAAUGCAUUGCGUUGAACAGGAGACCGUUCCACCUGAUCGGCACGUCCAUGGGCGGCAACGUCGCUGGCGUUUACGCCGCACAACAUCCCACCGACCUCUGCGGACUAACGCUCAUCUGCCCCGCAGGUCUGGAGUAUCCCAAGGAGAGCAAGUUUGUGAAAGUGCUGAAGACGCUGGAGCAGACGGGGGACGUGAACAAGGUCCCCCUCAUCCCCUCCACCCCAGACGAGAUGGAGGAGAUGCUGAAACUCUGCUCCUAUGUUCGUUUCAAGGUACCUCAGCAGAUUCUUCAGGGCCUGGUGGACGUGCGAUUGCCUCACAAUGACUUUUAUCGUGAACUAUUUCUGGAAAUAGUUGGAGAAAAGUCAAGGAACACUCUACAGGAACACAUGAACCUAAUCAAGGCUCCAACACAAGUCAUCUGGGGAAAGCAAGACCAGGUCCUCGAUGUUUCCGGAGCCGGCGUGCUGGCCGAUAACAUCCCCGGCUGCAGGGUGGACUUCCUGGAAAACUGCGGCCACUCGGUGGUGAUGGAACGGCCCCGUAAAAGUGCCAAGCUGCUCCUGGAGUUCUCAAACUGGCUGCAAAGCAGAAAAUUGGACAGCAGCAGCAGCAAGAAACUAGCAUAACGCACCCCCCACCCACCCACACCCCCAACAACUGAAAGCUGUAACGCUGUGGAUUGGAAAUAAAAUGCGACCUUCUAACAAUUCCCAAGGAACACACUUAUGAUUGGAAUGAAUGCCUAAAGUCCCCUAAAGAUUAUGAGGAGUGUUAUUUGAUGGUACCUCCAAAACAUAUAGUAACCUGGUUCUGAAAUACUCUGAGCGUUACCAGCUAGUAAACGCAUGCAGUACUUAAAGAGUACCUCAAAAAUCCUAGAAAAACACAACUUUGUCCAAAAUUUCCCACCCUUUAUCAAAACAUAUUUCAACUUUAUUAAUGAUGCCAGUUACAGGCAAUAACCGUAAUAUGUUUCCAUUUUUUCCAGGUAGAUUUUUUCUUCCAAAAAUGCAUAACUGAUUAUAUAAAACUUUAAAUGUGUAAUUUAUAUUUAAGUUAUAACGGUUAGUUUGUUAUUUAUCAAUUUGUUCCGUUCUGUCUGUUUAGCGUUCACGUUUAAAUCUGUAGAGGUCGUUCAAAUAUGUCUUUAUAUAAGUCAUAUAUAAGUCAAAUAACACUGGAGAGUGGCAGACGCCAUCAACUAUAGACAGUGAAGAUGUUCUUGUAGUUUCGAUGGCGAAUUGCAUUGUGUUUGGCACCUUUUGUGUAAAUUACUCACAAACACUCUGGAGUUUAGAAGGAUGAGAGGGCAACUCAUUGAAACAUAUAAGAUUGUUAAGGGAUUGGACACGCUAGAGGCAGGAAACAUGUUCCCGAUGUUGGGGGAGUCCAGAACCAGGGGCCACACGCAGUUUAAGAAUAAGGAGUGAGCCAUUUAGAACGGAGACAAGGAAAUACUUUUUCUCACAGAGAGUGGUGAGUCUAUGGAAUUCUCUGCCUCAGAGGGCGGUGGAGGCAGGUUCUCUGGAUGCUUUCAAGAGAGAGCUUGACAGGGCUCUUAAAAAUAGCGGAGUCAGGGGAUAUGGGGAGAAGGCAGGAAAGGGGUACUGAUUGCGGAUGAUCAGCCAUGAUCACGUUGAAUGGUGGUGCUGGCUCUUAGUUCUUGGUUUCUUGGUCCUCCAAAAUAUUCCAAAUGGAAUUUAAACGGGAGGUGGAGGAGGUGGCUCGAAGGGCCGAAUGGCCUACUCCUGCACCUAUUGUCUAUUGUCUAUUGUCUAUAAACAAUUGCAUUUGGGCCACUGCACUGACACUCUAUUUUAAAUAUUGUGAACCAAAUACUUUAUGGUCGACUAGACCAACAUGACAUAUUCUGGAGAGAGUUAGAUUUAACGUUUUGGGGCUAACGUAAUCGAGGGAUACGGGGAGAAGGCAGGAUCGUGGUACUGAUUCUGGAUGAUCAGCCAUGAUCAUAUCGAAGUGCGCUGGUGCUGGCUCGAAGGGCCGAAUGGCCUAGUCCUUCAGCUAUUGUCUACGUUUCUAUUUGGAGUGUCUCCGUGCAGAUCUGGGUCGCCACAUUAGGGAAAGAAUGGGGAGUUUUUGCAGAGCUUUACAUGGGGGAGACAGGUUUUACUGGUUUUACCAGAAUGCUGCCUGGGUUCCAGGGCGUUGGCUUGCAGGCCAGGAGAGGUAGGGCAGACCUGGAGUACUGGAGGUUGAGGUGCGACCUGACAGAAGUGGAGAAUAAUGAUGAGAGGCAUCAAUAGCCAGUAGCUUUUUUCCCCAGCGAGGAAAUGUCAAAGACUGUGCGAACAGAGAGUGGUGAGUCUGUGGAAUUCUCUGCCUCAGAGGGCGGUGGAGGCCGGUUCUCUGGAUACUUUCAAGAGAGAGCUGGAUAGGGCUCUUGGAGAUAGCGGAGUCAGGGGAUAUGGGGAGAAGGCAGGAACGGGGCACUGAUUGGGGAUGAUCAGCCAUGAUCAGAGUGAAUGGCAAUAGACAAUAGACAUUAGGUGCAGGAGUAGGCC